GUGAUUUUUUGUCAAGAAAAGCGAAACACUCUCUCGGUCUACUCCUCGGUACUCGCAUGGCGUGUAGAAGCUUUCCGGGUGCUGAGUGAGGAUUAUUCCCAUCCGAAGAUCCUUCGCAACUGCUUUUCAUAGCAUUGUUCUUCUAGAGCUGGCGUAAGAGCGAAUGUAUGGAAGUCGGUACGGAGCCUUAGCCCCUUAUCUUGUCUAACUCUUCUUCAACAUUUUGCAUUGACUCCUCCAUUAUUUGCCAUGUAGUUUUUGAUACGGUAGCAUGAGAAAAAAUGGAAGCCAGCGACCAGCUAGCCACAACCGUCUACGACCACCUCCAGGAGGUUCUCCAGUCCAUGUACUCGGCGGAGGAACUUGUCAUUGAGAAGAACUUUCCAAACGCCACGACGCACGACACUGAUGUUCCCAGUAAUUAUGUAACAGCCCGACACGAAAUUGAAAUCCGGAUCACAGAAUCUGGCAACGGAGUCAGCACAGCGUGGUGCCUCCGCAUCGGAUUUGUUCCUGACACCAGCAGCAAAGACACCAGCGGCGUUUCCUCCGGCCACGAGAGAUGGAAUUCGAAUUUUGGAAGCUGCGACGUGACCUUGGAUAUCGACAGUUAUGGCAGCACAUCAUCUGCCGUCGACACAAACAAUAACAAGGGUGCUGGUAUCGCUUCAGUUUUUUGCGAGCACUUUCCCCUCGCGGCUGGAGAGGUGACAGCGAGGCCGGAAGGUCAGUCGAGGACUUUUCGGGGACGAGUUCCCGUAGCCAGCUGCACGGGUCCAACAGGCGUUGAAGAGUUGCAGGAUGCGGUCCUUGCGGGAAUUCUGGCGGUGCAGGAGGAAGUGCGUAAUGUUGAAGCGAUGCCUGCUCUGUCGGUGGCGCCGGCAGAAGGCAAAAAAACCAGAAGUACAGGCGCCUCUGCUUCUGCAGUAUCAGCAGUAGAACACCCUCGUCCCACUGGCGUAGCCAGUCCCGCACAAGAGGUCUACCGUGCCUUGCUCGAAAUCGACCACAUGAACGAUAGAGACCGAUAUUUCCAAAACCUGGAUUCCCUUGCCGCCCGGAAUAACUGUGAACUAUUUAUCGCCUACAAGCAGAAACAAGGUCAAGGUGAAAUAAAUGGGACGACGAGUAGUAGUGCUGAGACCGGUGGGAAUGUUGACCGUCUGCGGUUUAUCAAUGUGGUGGUGCAGAGUGUGAAGAAUAAAGAGCAAGACGUGAAGGCGUUUUUGAAGGAGUUUCGGGAGGAGUAUCUGGAUGUGGACAAAAAUGGGAAUAAGUGCAAGGAACGGUGCGCGAGUGUGGUGGUUCCCGUGCGGAAAGUGGUUGCGGCGACGGAUCCAUCUCAGCAUGAGCCUCGUGGUGGUCGCGCUGCGGUGCCGCCGCUUUGCUACAAGUGCAUACGGGCAGUCACGACUUUCGAAAACGACACGGGAAGGCAGGCUCUCAUUCAGAGGUUAUUUGCGCCAUCUGAACAAACUGGAUGAACGCAACGACGUUGGACCGUUGCGAAGGGGCGCUUAAUGCAAUCCGUGCAGGGCGCUGCGCGACAUAUGCACAUCAAGUGUCCUGCGAAUGAAGAUCGCUUCAGUGGCCGGAAGUAUUCGUGCCAGGAUCCGCUUUGCUGGCAAGUUUUGAAGUGUGUGAGCGUCGAAACAACCGGAAUGGACCUGCGACGAAGAAUAGGUACUCAUUGAAAAACCUCCCGGCAUAUCAAGCCGAGCGGCCGUGCUUGCUUUGGUCAUUGACUUGUUUUCUCAGCUC